AUGCUCUGGACUCGUCAGUUCAGAUGGCUACCCCAUCUCAAGCAGCCUACGCAUUCACUUCGACGAUAUGCGACAGACACCUCGCCCGAAUCGCUCAUAUUUCCUGAACCUCAAAGUCCACAUCACCGAGACCUUCCGAGUUUCUUACAAUAUGCAACUCGAGUUGAAUUGAGUCCUACUAGCAAUGUCUAUGUUGGAACGCACUACGAGUACACCGUACAAAACACUCUACAACAGAUGGGCAUGUCCCUAACACGAAUGGGAGGGAAAUCAGACUACGGGAUCGAUUUGCUAGGCACAUGGACACUUCCCACAGUCAAUUAUCCGCUGAAGGUCUUGCUACAAUGCAAAGCAGUCUCCAACAAAGUCAAACCUGCCGUCGUUAGGGAGCUUGAGGGUGCGUUUGUCGGAGCACCCUCAGGGUGGAGAGAGGAUGGUGUGUUGGCAUUUUUAGUGUCUUCGGGACCUGCGACCAAGGGCGUGCGAGAAGCAAUGGGAAGGAGUAGGUGGCCGAUGGGUUAUAUAUUUUGUGAUCCUGAGGGAAAGAUGUUGCAGAUGCUUUGGAAUCGAAAGGCUGCUGAGGAGGGAUUGGAGGGUGUGGUAGUGGAAACGAGGUAUCCUUUGGGUGAACGGGAGUCAAAAGAAGUGGUACUUACGUUCAAGGGGACGCCUCUGUCGCUACCACAAACAUCCUUGGGAACUUCGAAGCCAGCGGCCAAAGCUCCUACACGUAGUGUCCCAACGACUCCUGUGGUAUCUACGACGGAGGCUAUCGCUUCAACCAUCGAAACGGAAAAAAUUGGCAACAUAGUUUGA